AAACUAUCUCUCUCUGUCUCUGCACACUCACUCUUCCCUCUUCCUCAACCAUUACCGCCACAACGACAUAGGGAAAGAAAAUGAGAGAGAUCCUUCACGUUCAGGGAGGGCAAUGCGGGAACCAGAUCGGUUCCAAGUUCUGGGAAGUGGUGUGCGACGAGCAUGGCAUAGAUCCAACGGGAAGGUACAUUGGCAACUCAGAUCUGCAACUAGAGCGCGUGAAUGUCUACUACAACGAGGCCUCGUGCGGAAGGUUCGUUCCACGCGCCGUUCUCAUGGACUUGGAACCGGGCACCAUGGACAGUGUCCGAACCGGGCCGUACGGUCAGAUCUUCCGCCCCGAUAACUUCGUUUUCGGGCAGUCCGGUGCGGGGAACAAUUGGGCGAAGGGACACUACACGGAGGGUGCGGAACUGAUCGAUUCGGUUCUGGAUGUGGUUCGUAAGGAGGCGGAGAACUGUGAUUGUCUUCAAGGGUUUCAGGUUUGUCAUUCGUUGGGUGGAGGAACGGGGUCAGGAAUGGGAACGCUGUUGAUUUCGAAGAUCAGAGAGGAGUACCCUGAUAGGAUGAUGCUCACUUUCUCCGUCUUUCCUUCGCCCAAGGUUUCUGACACUGUUGUUGAGCCCUAUAAUGCUACUCUCUCUGUUCAUCAGUUGGUGGAGAAUGCAGACGAGUGCAUGGUGCUUGAUAAUGAGGCGCUCUAUGAUAUCUGCUUCAGGACACUUAAAUUGACCACUCCUAGCUUCGGUGACUUGAACCACUUGAUCUCUGCGACCAUGAGUGGGGUUACUUGCUGCCUUCGUUUCCCUGGUCAACUCAAUUCUGACCUGAGGAAAUUAGCUGUGAAUCUCAUUCCUUUCCCUCGUCUUCACUUUUUCAUGGUUGGUUUUGCGCCUCUCACCUCUCGUGGCUCUCAGCAGUACCGUGCAUUGACGGUGCCAGAACUGACCCAGCAAAUGUGGGAUGCCAAGAACAUGAUGUGUGCUGCUGAUCCCAGACACGGCAGAUACCUCACAGCAUCCGCCAUGUUCAGGGGGAAGAUGAGCACCAAGGAAGUGGAUGAGCAGAUGAUAAAUGUGCAGAACAAGAACUCUUCCUACUUCGUUGAGUGGAUCCCCAACAACGUUAAGUCGAGUGUUUGUGACAUUGCUCCCAGGGGGCUCUCCAUGGCUUCCACCUUCAUUGGGAACUCCACCUCCAUUCAGGAAAUGUUUAGGAGGGUGAGUGAGCAAUUCACUGCCAUGUUUAGGAGGAAGGCUUUCUUGCACUGGUACACUGGGGAAGGUAUGGAUGAGAUGGAAUUCACAGAAGCAGAGAGCAAUAUGAAUGACCUUGUUUCCGAAUACCAGCAGUACCAGGAUGCCACUGCUGAGGAGGACGGAGAUUAUGAAGAAGAGGAAGACGAAGGUGAAGCGGAGCAUAUGUGAAUACAAAGAGUGUUGUUAUGCUGAUAUGCCUGUCUCCUACUUAUUGCAUUAUGCUAUAUGAUGCGUAAGUGUGUUUGCUCCACUCUCCAACGUGAAGAUUGUAAUUAGUGUAUGGUUUGCCGGAUACUGUGAUGAGCCUGAUUUGGGGAAUGGAAAUGCCUAUUUACUUUCUCCAUGAUGCUGCGAGCAAUAGAGGUUAAUGGUAGUGGGAGGGGAGUUUGAGUACAUGUUUUAAACUAGUCAUGCAGCAUCUGUCUGUUUGUUCUAUAUUGGCUUGAUUUGCUUUUUUCUGGAUCUGGUACACUGGAUCAUGUUUCGUAAUAUUUGUUACUUUUAUGCAUGGCUGGUUAAUUUACAUUGGAUUCUUGAAUUGUCUUUGGUUGUUUAGAAAAUGCCUUGUCGUCUUUCUGG